GCGCUAGUCUCCUUCCCGUCCUCCCUCCCCUCCCUCGCCCUCCUAUCUCCUCUCCCUUAUCGCUCCUUCCCCCCGUCUAUCUUACCCUCCACUACACUAAACAAACACACACCGCACCGCAAUGUCUCCCGUCGUGCUCGAGCCCCCCAUCAUGCACGCUUCGCUCUCUUCCAUAUCUAGGCUCCAGUUUAGUCCCACUCUCCAUAAUCCCUCCUCCGACUCCUUCCAGGCCCCCCCUUCCCCCUCCAGCUUACAGAACCACUCUUCUCAGCCUCACUUUCUAAAAGACGUCGUCUUCCACCCCCACCUCCCGCUUCACGAGCAGGGCCACGAUCAGGUCAACCAGGGCUCCCCUCCCAACCCCCCUCCGUCCGCGACUGCAUCCUCAGGUGCAGUCUCCUGCGCCAACUGCGGCACUUUCACCACUCCGCUCUGGCGCAGAGACGGCGAAGGCAACACCAUCUGCAACGCCUGUGGCCUUUAUCUCAAGUCCCGCCACACCCCUCGUCCUACUUCCCUCGGUAGGAACCCCAGAGGCUCCAACGCCAACAGCGCCAACGCCCACAUCGCCAACCAGGACGCCAACCACAUCAACCGGCAACAUACCCACUCCCCGCCGUCCUUGCUGACCCCAGCAGCCUCGCCGGGCCUCCACCAGCCCCAAUCUCCCUCUCAUCAACAGAAUCCCUCCGGUGCCCCCGCAACAGCGUCAGCACCCGUGCAUCACAGCGGUGGAACCUGCCCCGGCGACGGACGCUGUGACGGUACAGGCGGAACGUCAGCUUGCUCCGGCUGCCCCACAUACAAUAACGCGCUCAACACUCGACUCGAGAUGGAAGGCUCCUCUCCCUCGGCACAUCUGCCCUCGACCGACCAGGCGGGCCCGGCCUCGUCUCCAGGUUCCAACGGCGUCGGUGUCGGCCCCGGCGUUAACGGGAAAAGCCGGACCGCUAGGGCCGCCGUCGGCGCGCUUAGUUGUGCCAAUUGCGGCACGUCGACGACACCGCUAUGGCGGCGCGACGACGUGGGAAACAACAUCUGUAACGCUUGUGGCCUGUAUUUCAAGCUCCACGGCACGCACCGUCCAAACUCGAUGAAGAAGACCGUCAUCAAGCGUCGGAAGCGUGUGCCCGCCGCGGGCCCGCAGGGACGCAUGUCCGACCAGGCUGCAGCCGAGGCGCUCGUCUCUGUCGGCCGCAUGCACGAGCUCGGAUCGGGCAGCGGGCCUGGCGAGGGCGAAGAUGACGAGGAGGAGCUCGAGAUGCCGAAGCGCAAGCGCGCGCGUCGCGGGAGGGGGAAGGACCGCAAGGACAAGGCGACCGACGAGGGUGAGGUCGACGAGGGGGACGAGAGCGGGCGAGACGGGAUGCCCCCGCGGGAACGCAGUCGAGAGUCGGGGCACGGGCACCCGCACGGCGCGCUCGGGCACGGCCAGUGGCCGGACGUGCACUUGGAGGCGCCGCGGCCGUCGUCGUCAGGCGGGAUGGGCCUCGAGCGCGCGGCGUCCGCGUCGCGCAUGCACCCCUUUGCGGGGUCGCCGCACCACCACGGCGGGUUCGACCUCCCCCCGCUGAACGCCGCGCUCGGCGGCGCGGGCUCCGGAGAGAUGAUGACGGGCCCAGGGACAGCCGCACGCGGCGUCGGCGCGUUCCACGGGGGCCCACCGAGCUACUUGCGCGCGUCGUCAAACGCGCCGAGCAGGACGCAUUCGCCGCUGUCUGGCCCUGCCGCGCCAUUCUACGCUUCAGCAGGAGGGGCGGGGGCGGGGGGGCUACAGGCGCAGGGCCCGAUCGUGCCGACCGUUGCGGAGCUUGAGCGGCACUACUUUGAACUGCAUGAGCAGCGACGGGGGCUGUUGGAGAUGCUGGAACGGACGGAUCGGCUGAUGGCGGGGGUGAAGAGGGGGCUGGACGAGAUGAGGGGGGUGGCGGCGCCGGCGGGGGGGAUGGAGGGGCAGGCGAGCGUGCCGUUGCAGAGGAGCGGGUCCGGGGCUGGGGCUGGGGCGGGGGCGGCGCAGCGGGAGAGCGUGUGGCCCGUGCAGCAGAUGCAGGGCGUGGAGGUGGGUCGGGAGUGAGCGGUGUGCUCGCUCGUCCCGUCUGCCAUGACGCAUCGCAAGCACCUGCGUCGCCUUCUUCGUCGUCUCGUUCGUCUUCCUUUUGGGCCGUGCACUCCUCUCUGCUACGCGUCGUGGUUUCGAUUCGCUCGUCGUGUGUAUACAUCUCGCUGUAAUAUUGGACGCCGCGCUUUGCUUGUCCCCGUAUAUAUUUCUCCGUCUCUGUUUUCGUCUGGCACCUGGCACCUGGAACAUUCUCCACCCUGACCCCCUCUCCGCUCUGUUCUGCUCAUCCCGUCUCGUCUUUUUCUUUUUUACUGUUCAUCGUACUUUACUUUAUAUGUUCGGCGAGGGCGGUCUGCAAAAGAGGCGCCCCCUGGCUGACUGGCCGGUGUUGUGUGUUCGUUGCUGUUAUACGUGGGUUGUUGCUGCUGUUGUUGUUGUUGUUGCUGCUGCUGCUGCUGCAGUCGCUGGUCAGUCGGAUCGCCUCGUAGUUUUCUGGCUGUUUUGUUCUUCUCUUUACUUUACUUAUGUUCUGCUGUAAGGUACUUAGAACCGGUGUUUGGCUGCUCGUAUCAUAGGGUAUUCUAUUGG